CAUGCCACAUUCACUCCUGCUGCACAGGUUGUGAAGGAGGGAGGAAAAAAAGGUUCAGAGAGAAGAGGAGAGGUCGAGGAGAAUGUUAGGAACUCAAACUUGGUUUUGUUUUUAUUAAAACAUAAUAAUAAUAAGAGGGAGUGAAGCAGGACAAUUAAGUUAGUCUCCUGGAGUGGGACUACCCAGUUGUGGGUAGUGAUCAACUUUAGUGACCCCCUUCUUUGCCCAGAACCCCCGGAUCCAGAGCCAUGGAGCCCUCUUUUUCAACCGAGGUCGAUGGAGAGCACAAGGAGAGAAAGAAGAUCCACUUUGCAGUCCCGGCCUCUGCGUCCACCAGCCUGGACCCUCGGCAGGUGGAGAUGAUCCGGCGUCGGAGGCCAACACCUGCAACACUCUUUAGAGUAGCCGAUCAACCGUCAUCUGAGGAUGACCAGUCAAGUCAUCAGGUAAAGUGGGUCGUAGGCGAGAACGGGAUACUCAAACCAAAACGUGUCAGUACAAACAUGUAUAUGCCUCCAUCACUCAAAGCUGUACAGAAGAUGGCUGAAGCACACAUGCAGAACCUAGGUGUCCACCCUCCUUUGGAAGACCCUUGUGAAGGGGAGGAGUAUGAGGACCAGUGGCAGAGGAAGGAGGGAGAGGACACAUCUCCCACCAAAGCUGUUGAUCACCAACCAACAUCCACCACUGAGCAGUCAGUCAAGUUUUCCAGUGUGAGGGAGAAGAAGGUCCACAUGGCAGAAGCAGAAGAAGAAGAAGAGGAGAAGGAAGAGGAGGAGGAGAAGAAGGGCACAACUGUAGAAAUGACGGAGGAGAACAGUCGGGGGAGUAACUAAGAGAGUUAGUCGGGCAAACAUCUGGAGGGAAGAUCAGGAAAAUAAGUUUCAGGUCUCAGAUAAAGAAUGUGCUGUUAAUUUAUGAAUGUCUUACACCUGAACGCAUAAGUGAGGGAGAGACCUGCAUCAAAUAAAUAAAAAUAAAUCAACAAAGUUCCAAGGAUAGUAUGCUUCCAUUAAAGUCAAAGUGAGUUAAGCCAGUAAGCUGGAACUCCUCUCAGAAGAGUUCCAGAGAGGACAAGGAGUCAGAAGGAGACGCAGAUGAAUCUGUCAGUGAGAUGAGGAGGUGAGGAAUGAUCCUCAGAACAGUUUGGCCCUAAUAACGAGGGGGCAAAGGUCAAAAUGAACAAAUACCCUUUAAAACAAAGCCUCCUUUAACCUGACUCCUUCACCACAAAAAGCUUCUUUAUACAGGAUGAUAAUAAUAAUAAUAAUAAUUAUCUCCUCGAUCACAAAUGACCCGUUGAAAAGCACUCGAAUGACUUUGUACAGUAUGUUGAGGGACCGGGUUGGAUUUUGAGAUGACGACCUGCAGCACAUUCAUGCUCAAUGCUUCUUCUUUGUUUGAAUGCAUUUCCUGCCAUCUUGUGGUUGAAAGGCAGCAUAGCAAGUUUAAAAAUCUUUUUGCACUCACUCUUCACCCCUGAAAGGUUUGAGCACAUUUUAGAAACUGCUGCAUGAUUUUCUGUCCAUUUGCAUUGAACCUGUGUUUAGUCGGUUUGGAGUAGGGUAGUAUGUACUGGACUGCAAGAUUUAAAAUUAGACACUGUUAAGAAAACACAUCUGUGUGGUAUUGCAUUUACAUUUCAUUGAUUUAUAUAAAAAAAUGUGUUAUUUAAAAACUUAAAGGGGUCAUAUUGUGGAAAUGGCUUUAAAAAAUAAAUUGACAAUCAAAUUUCAGCCACAUGUAAGAUAAAAACAGCACCUGCUCCUGAUUUCCAUCUUGCCUGCAAGAAGCUAGGAAAUGGCAGGAUAUGGUGUAGUAAAAAACAAAUUUGCUUUUUCUCUUGAGCUAAUGGAUCAAAGUUAACACAAGUUUGUUCUGUUUAUCCUUGUUAUAUGCCCUUUUAAUCCAGAGAUUUAUAAAUUGAUAGCAUUUAUUGCUUUUGAAUUAUCAUGUUUUUAAUCUGGAGACAGAUUAAUAACAUGAUAACAUUAAUCUGAUCUU